UGUCGGUCCUGAAUCUGUGAAUGUGUGUUUUUCCAUUUGCUACAUACUGAAGGAGGAGCUGAGGAACAUGCAGACAAAAUUCAAGGAGACUCUUGAGAAGCAGGAACAGAAAUGGGAGAACAUGGAGAAAACGUUCAAACAGAUUCAGGAGAAGGCGAGAAAAACGGACGACGACUGCGAAAGCAUCAUAGUCGGCGUCAUCGACUCCCUCCAGAAACAUUACUGCUCGGUGAAGGAGAUGAUCGGAGCUCAGGAGAAGGCGGCAGCAGCUCAGCUUAACGCCUCGCUGCAGAACCUGCAGGAGAAGAUGGAGGAGAUGAAGAAGAGGGACGCUGAGCUGGAUCAGCUGGCACAGAAUGAAAACAAUGCUGAUUUCCUGCAGAAAUGGUCUUCUCUCCGGCUUCUCUGUGAAAAAGACGUCCUCCACCUUUUCCAGGAGGUUCCAGAAGAUCCACUUCUCCCCUUUGAGCUGACAAAGACAGCUGUUGAAGAGCUCGGGAGGCAGCUGGAGGAGUUCUGUGACAAAGAGUUCGCGACAAUCUUUCAAAUCAGUCUUUCCGGAGCGGAACCUGAAACCAGAGCAGACUUCCUGCAGUAUGCGUGUGAGCUUUCUUUGGACUCCCAAACCGCUCAUAAAAGCCUGAUUAUUUCUGAAGGAGACAAAAAGGUGAUGCAGAGCUCUCAGGAAUGGAAAAGUCCAGCUCAUCCUUACCCGCAGAGGUUCGUCAAGCGGCAGCAGGUUCUCUGCAAGGAGGGACUGCAAGCUGAUCGGUGCUACUAUGAGGUCGAGGUGGACGGAGACGUGGUAGAGAUUGCCCUCGCCUACAAGGGAAUAGACAGAAAAUCCCAAAAUAAACCUUCAGCAUUUGGUGCCAACACAAAUUCCUGGAGUCUGGAUCGAUCCAAAACCUACUCUGUGAGCCACAAAGCUGACAGCGUUCUGCUCACAACGCCACCCAGACACCCCAGGAUCGGAGUCUAUCUGAAGUUUAAAGAGGGAACUCUGUCCUUCUACGAGGUGUCAGAUAGCGACGGUAUGACGUUCCUCUACAAGGUGGAUGCUGAAUUCACAGAGCCGCUGUACGCAGGCUUCUGGCUCGGAGACAAAUGUUCCAUCAGGAUCUGUGACCUGACACAGAACCGACCGUAAACAACCAGAGAGGACUGUAGAUAGCUCAGGUCCAUUUGAGGGGAAAUUUAAUUUAGAGUUUUGAAAUGAUUAUACAAAAAGCUUCUCUGUAUUAUUCAUAACACAGCAGCCGCUUGGACCCCUCUGGAGCGCCACCUCGUUAGACAUAUCAAAUUAUGCAAACUUGCACAUUUGGGUGAGCGGGACUGUAUUCAGUGAUAUGAUAGAAAAUGGAUUCACUACUAAAAUGCUGUUUUAUUGUUACUACAAAACUGCAAUAUGCGCUUUAAUAUAGUCAAGUUAUAAUGCAGAAGAUGACUUGAGUAGCUAUGAUUUUUUUUUAUUUAGUUCUGUGUCAGCAGUAGAUUUACAGCAUUGACACAGGAUCAAAGCUCUGUCCCAGUUUAAUCGCACAUUAUACCUGAAUAAAGAUAUGGUAAUAUU